AUGAAUCCCCAAACCUGGUGAAGAUGUUUCUGGGUUGAUAAACUUUGUUGAAGGAGUCCCAGUGGAUCGUUGGGCAUUGGCCACGCGAAGGAGCCCGGCCCCGCGACCCUGGCCCUAGCCGUGUUCAGUGCCAUCGGCCCCGCCGCUUCCGCGCUUCCGCGCCAUCGCUCCCUCCCCCCCACCUUUCAUCAUGUCGCUCAUCAUGGAUUCCGUGUGCGCCUUGAAGGUGAUCGUGUUGACCAAAACCGACAAGCGUGCCCAUUCCCAGUUCUUCGCGCUUGGACAGGAGAAGGCAAAUAAUAAUCGAAAUAAUGGGAAUAAUAAUAACAAUAAUAAUAUUUAGACGGCUCCAUGACGUGGUCUACUGACUCAAGGAGAAAUCGAAAGACGUUGAGGGGCGGAGGCGAUGGGCGUCUCUUGCAGAAGCGGCUGUGGGCCCUCCGCCAUGCGCUGGAAGCCGCCGACGCGGAGCAACGCCGGCAGGCCAUCGAGAAGCGUUUGUCUCCCCAGCUUCGGCAAGAGCUCUUGUGGCUCAUGGAGAAAGUCCCCAGCUCGCGCGAGCCGCGAGGAGUGCCAAAGAUGAGAUCUCAGGAUCCAUCUCGGGUUCGUGCCAGUUUGUGGACGGUGCGGACUUCAAAGGGUCGCUACCAUGCAGCACGGCUCACCUUCUCCGGCGUGGUGAUUGCCACCCGGGCCACGGCUUCGAAGGCAGAGGCCUUGCGCCUCCGUCGCCGGGUGGAGGACUUGGCGCAGAGAGCCGUUCGAUCAGGGUGCCCCAUGGAUGGGCCCUUGGAAGGUUUCCGCACUGCUGUGAACUGCGCAGCAGAUUUGGACCUGGGACUCAACUUCCGCUUGGUGCUGGACCUGCGCCGAUACGUGGGGCGCAAAAUCCAGUCGCCUGUGUUGGGCUCCAUCGAAGACGUCCUGCGCUUGCGGGAACGUUUGAUGGAGGCACAGAAGGGUGAGAAAGCUUGGCCGGCUUUGCGGCGUGAGUGGGUCGCCUGGAUGACCUGCCCUCGGCGCCGACGCUGGAAGUCCUGCUCACGGUCCCAUCGAGAGGCUGAGGAGCUCAUUGAGAAGGCGGAGGCUGAGUGGAACGUGACCAAGGCCAAGAAGCUCCGAGAUGCUCGGCAGGCGCUGCGCCUGGCGCGCGCUGCGCGCGACGCAGAGGACGCGCUGCUGGCGGAGCAGCGGGUGAAGCCACUGAAGCGGUCACGGUGAAGACAUGGGUGGAAUGGGUGGCGAAUAGUGA